AUGGCUCUCAUCGGCAACAUGUCGGAAUACCGAGAGGGUAAGGAAGAUUUUGAAUCUUACCUGGAGAGGAUGGAACAGUGGAUGGCAGCAAAUGAUGUGGACGAUGAAAAGAAAGUCAGCGUUUUUCUGUCGCUAAUUGGAGCGGAAGCCUACGGACUUUUGAAAAGUUUACUCCUGCCGGAUAAGCCAAGCACGAAAAGUUAUGCAGCGCUCACCAAAGCACUUAGUGACCAUUACAAGCCCAAACCACUUGUCAUUAUGGAGAGGUUUCGAUUUCAGAAGAGAAAUCAACAAGAGAGUGAAUCUGUAAGUGACUAUAUGGUAGCUCUGAAACACCUGUCAACAAACUGUGAUUUUGGAGCUCACCUGGACGAUGCUCUCCGUGAUAGGUUUGUGAGUGGACUGAGAUCAGAGGCAAUACAGAGAAAAUUGCUGGCAGAGAAAAAUGUGACGUUUAAAAGUGCAUGUGACACAGCACUGUCCAUGGAGAUGGCUUCACGCAACACUUUGGAAUUCUCAGGAAAAAUUAAAGAGGAUGCAACAGUCAAUAAAGUGUUCAACCAGAGUAAAAAAAGAGAUGACAAAAGAAAAUCAAGUGACACAAGCUACAGCAAGAGUACAUCCUGGCACAAGAGCAGCGUGGAUGACAAGCAGCAACAGCUACACCAGCCCUGCUACAGAUGUGGAGGUAAACACCCACCUGCUGUGUGCAGAUUUAAACAGGAAAAAUGCCACCACUGCACAAAAGUGGGACACAUUGCACGCAUGUGCAGGAAUAAAAAGACACCACAAAAGACUCAUUAUGUUGAACAGGAGGCUGAAACAAGCCCAGCGGAUGAGGAUAAUGAACACUUGUUUGGACUGUACGUAGUAUACACAACUUCAGAUGGUAAAGAUGGCUAUGUGGUUGACAUGGACAUUGAAGGCCAGAACAUUCAGAUGCAGUUGGACACAGGAGCAUGUGUGUCUCUUGUAUCAGAGAUCACUUACAAGACAUCGCUCGCUCACUUGCCACUUAGCCCAUGUAAAAUACCGCUGUCUACUUUCUCUGGAGAACGCAUCCCAGUGUUGGGGAAGGUGGAGGUGAAUGUGGAAUAUGAACAACAAGCAGCCAAAGUACCACUGGUUAUUUUGAAAGGCGACCGACCAGCACUACUGGGCAGAAAUUGGCUCAAGAAAUUUAAGCUGAACUGGAAGGAAAUAUUCCAAGUCAAAGUAGUAGGAGAAGCUAUUGACCCAGAAGUGGCAGCAAUCCUACAGAGGCACAAGGGAGUGUUUGAGGAAGGGCCUAGCACCAUCCGUGAGUUCAAGGCUUCGAUCAAGAUGAGGCCAGGUGCGCAGCCAAUAUUUAGAAAAGCCAACCAAGUGCCAUAUGCUCUAAAAGAGGCUGUGGAAAAAGAACUCGACCGAUUAGAGGCUAUGGGAAUCAUAUCAAAAACAGACAAAAGUGAAUGGGCUGCACCCAUUGUGACUGUGCCAAAGGCUGACAAAUCAAUCCGGAUUUGUGGAAAUUACAAAGUGAACAUAAAUCAGUGUGUGGAAGAGGAAACUUAUCCUUUGCCCAAUACAGAAGAUCUUUUUGCAACAUUGGCUGGAGGCAAGCUGUUCACUAAACUGGACUUAUCACAUGCCUAUCAGCAGUUGGAGUUGGAUAAGGACUCAGAGAAGUACCUUACAGUCAACACACAUCGAGGACUGUACACUUACCACCGACUGUCAUAUGGAGUCUCAAGUGCCCCGUCCAUCUUCCAAGCAGUGAUGGACCAAAUCCUACAGGGAAUAGAGCAUGUGACCUGUUUCCUGGACGACAUCUUAAUCACAGCUGGUUCGAGAGAGGAACAUCUGCGCAAACUGGAGGAAGUGUUGAGUCGCCUGGCAAAGUAUAAUGUAAAGGUCAAGCAAGCAAAAUGUAAGUUCAUGGCAGACAGAGUGGAAUAUUUGGGACACAUGGUUGACAGUGAGGGGCUUCACCCCACAGAAGAGAAGGUGAAAUCUAUUGUAAACGCACCAAGUCCCACAAAUGUCACAGAGCUUCGUUCCUUCCUGGGACUACUGAACUAUUAUGGCAGGUUUAUGCCAAAUCUGUCCAUGCAGCUUCAACCUUUGCAUAACUUACUGAGACGUGAAAGUGUUUGGCAAUGGACAGUAGAAUGUGAGGCUGCGUUCAAAAGUGCAAAAGAUCAACUACUGCAGAGCACCCUAGUAGUUCACUAUGACACCAGAAAGCCACUGAAACUAGCCUGUGAUGCUUCGCCUUAUGGUGUCGGCGCUGUUAUCUCUCAUGUGAUGGAGAAUGGAGAAGAAAAGCCCAUAGCAUUUGCAUCUCGCACAUUGUCAGAGGCAGAAAGCAAAUAUGCUCAAAUAGAGAAGGAAGCCCUCUCUAUAAUUUUUGGAGUGAAGAAGUUUCACAAAUACCUGUAUGGGAGGAAAUUUACUCUCAUUACUGACCAUAAACCACUCUUGGCAAUCCUUGGCCCAAAGUCAGCUAUCCCCACACUAGCCGCUUUGAGAAUGCAGCGCUGGGCGCUCAUAUUGAUGGCUUAUAACUAUGACAUAGAGUAUCGCCAGUCUGCAGAGCAUGCAAAUGCAGACGCGCUCUCCCGGUUGCCAAGUAAAGUCAGAGACAGCACUGCUGAGGAAGGAAAGAUCUUCUAUUUCUCUUUGAUGGAGGAUUUACCUGUGAAAGCCAGCGACAUCGCACAGAGCACAAACAAAGAUCCGGUGCUUAGCCGAGUUAGGGAGCUCACUCUAAAUGGAUGGCCAAGUCAUGCAAGGGAGGAGACACUCAACCCAUUCUCCAUCAGAAGAACUGAACUAUCAGUGGAACAAGGAUGUGUCCUCUGGGGAAUGAGAGUUGUAGUCCCCUCAGCUCUCAGACCAAAGCUGCUGCAUGAUCUUCACCAGGGUCAUCCUGGUAUGUGUCGCAUGAAAGCCUUAGCAAGGAGCUACAUGUGGUGGCCCGGCCUGGAUAAAGACAUUGAAAAAACUGUGAAAGAGUGCAAUGCAUGUCAGACAGUGAGACAACUACCAGCAGCGGCUCCACUGCAUUGUUGGAAAUGGCCAACGCGAGUGUGGCAACGGAUACACAUAGAUUUUUGUGAGAAAGAUAAACAGUAUUUUUUAGUCCUUGUUGACAGUCAUUCAAAAUGGUUGGAGGUGGUUCCCAUGACAACCACAACAUCAGCUAAAACUAUUGAAGUUCUGCGCAACAUUUUUGCAUCUUAUGGACUGCCUGAGGAAGUUGUUUCAGACAACGGGCCUCAAUUCACAUCAAGUGAAUUUAAGCAGUUUCUGAGAGGAAAUGGCAUCAAACAAACCUUGGUCCCAGCGUAUCAUCCCGCUUCUAAUGGAGCAGCUGAAAGGUCAGUGCAGACAGUGAAAUCUGCAUUGAUGAAGCAAGUGUUGGAAGAUGAGGGUUCUGUUACAUUGCAGCAUAGACUGGCAAAUUUCUUACUGAUGUACAGAAGCACACCGCACACUGUAACAGGUGUUUCACCAGCUGAGUUGUUUCUUAAACGUCAAGUGAGGACCCGUUUUAGUCUUCUGAAACCAUGUCUGGCUGGAACUGUUGAGGAGAAACAACAAAGUCAGAAGAAAUACCAUGACAAAGGCAGGACCAAGCUGAGAGAGUUGUCGGCGGGUGACCAGGUGUCUGUGAGAAAUUUUCGUGAGGGAAAGGAGAAAUGGAUGAGAGGGACAGUUGUAAAACGACUUGGACCUGUUUCUUACCUGAUAAAUGAUGGUGUGAGAGAACGCACAGUUCACAUUGAUCACCUGUUACUCUUGCAUGAAAAAGCUGUGGAUGACAACAGCUCAAGUGAUGAUGCUUACCGGACACCAGAUCUGGAUUCACUACACCCAAGAAGCAGCAUCCAGGAGGCAGAGCGGAGGAUUGCUACUCCAGCACCAGCUCACUCUCUGGUGAAACCUGCAACUCUCCCUGAAAGACUCAGCCCUGCAUCCUGUACACACUCUUCAGCCCAGUACAGCAGUACACCAGUGAAACCAGCAGAGCCAGUGGCUGUCUCAGUCACCACCCAACAAACUGAGCGCCGCUAUCCAGAGCGUCUGCGGGCUCCACCCAAAAGACUGACUUUUUGA